UGGAGUUUGAAUUCUGAUCUGACUGCAAAUCUGAAUGGAAUGAUAUGAUAUGAUAGUGUACACGGAGGAGAAGGAGAGUGCCCAGAAUUCUGGGAAGAAUUGGUGAGUGAAUUGAGGAUUGUUUCUUUUUAUAUAUACGGUAAUAAAUUUCGAUAAAAUCUUCAACAUUCCCUUAAAACCCAAUUCACCGAUUUCUACGAAACCCUCUUAAACCGUCGGCACUCAAAACCUUCUCCUUUCCUUGUAAACGAGAACGACGAGAGAUGGAGAGGAAAGGCGACGAAGAAAGAUUGGCGAAGCUCUGGGGAGAAACACCCGUCGCUCCUGCGUCUUCGUCUGUCGUCCACCACCCGAGUCCGAGGCAGUUCCUCUACCUUAACAAUAAUAACAUCGCAUUCCCUGCUGCCAACGAAAACCCCUUUUUACCUCAAACUUCUUCUCACUCGCUUGAUUCUAGUUUUGCUCGUCUCUCCUCGCGUUCGUUUCACUAGUUUUCCAUCUUUAUUUUAUCAGCAAAUGCAAGAAAUAGUAAUGGAGUUGCAACGCUUGAGAAUCCAAGAAGCCAUUGUGGGACAGAGGGCGCUCGUGCUCAGUUUUGCUGUCUCUCGAUCGAAUCCCGACACGGGUCUUGAUGUCAUCAUCGGUUAAUGGUUGUGACACGUAUUGCUGCCAUCCCAGAAACAAAUGCUGCUUGCAGCUUCCAAGACCUUUGUCCCUCGAUUACGCCAAGCGUACCCCGAUGAUGCCCUGUUUUAAUUUUAACGGUUUCGCCUUGAUUUUAAUGGGCACUGCAGAGUACGCGCAGGGAAUGGCCAGCUCUUGGAAACGAACAAUACAAACACGCUGAGGUCCCCGCUCUUAAAUCAGAGUCUAAAUCAUCUGCAGCAGCCGCAGGAGCUCCACCACCCAAUGUACACAUCAUUGGAAGAUUUCAGAGGCCAGAUGGUUGCGCUGGCCAAGGAUCAGCACGGGUGUCGAUUUUUGCAGAAGAAGUUCGAGGAGGGAAGGGUGGACGAGAUUGAGAUAAUUUUUGCCGAGGUGAAGGACCAUGUGGGUGAGUUAAUGAUCCACUCUUUUGGGAAUUACCUUGUUCAGAGGCUCUUGGAAGUAUGUACUGAUGAACGGAAGAUGGAGGUUCUUAGCACCAUCACCAAGGAGGAAUUCCAACUCGUCACAAUCUGUCUUGAUACGCAUGGUACUCGUGCAGUUCAGAAAUUGUUAGAGCAUCUUACCACCCCAGAGCAAAUUUCCUGUGUUAUGAUGGCUUUGAGGCCGGGCACCGUCAUACUUACCAAGGACGUGAAUGGUCAUUAUGUGAUUCAAAAUUGCCUCCAGCGUUUCUCCAAUGAAGACACUAAAAAUGUCCUUGGUUCUUCACUACUGCAGAAGGCUCAGCUAUAAUAUGUAUAAAAUGUUUCUCUGAAACUGUUGUCUGAAAAAGCAAAUGAUAUAUAGCGAGGCAAAAGAAGGUCUAUCUUUACAUGCUUCCAGGUCUGGUUUGUGAAUUGACCUGUUUAUUGUGGCUGGUUCUGGGUCUGAUGAUAAUUGGUUCACUGUGAGGUGGGCGGUUGACCUUCACAUAUUGACCUGAGGAAUACAAUGGUACAUGUGGUAUUUUGAUCAAUAUUAUGAUUUGUUUUUUCCUUCCCCCUUUAAGCACAACUGUACUUCUCUUACUGUUACAAGACU